GAGGGCUAGAAUUGUAACUUUAAAUUGGGUGGACUGGGAAUCCCGGCUUAUAUAUAAGGCAGUCUUCCGGGUCGAACUAAACCCAAAUCGGAUCAUAAUGUUAAAACUUGAAGGACGAAUCUCUGUUUCACUUUGAGGGAAAAUGUCGUCAUAUGAGAAUGUCGUUGGUGGGAAGCUCAAGCUUAAGGGAAAGGCUCUGGAUGUGAAGGCUGCUGGAAUUAAGAAGAAAAAGAAACAUAAGAUACAUCAAGAUCAAAUAUCUCUUGUCACAGAAAAGGAGCUCGCAGCUGGUGGAAGUACAGAAGAGUUGACCAAUCCUGAUGAGGAAGAUAUGAAUGAUGACAACAAAUCAAGAGAGGAUGGGAAGGCUGCUAGUUAUGACGAGUAUUUGACGCCUGCAGAGAGACGAUAUAUAGAACAGAGAGAGCAAAUUGAUAAUCACAGGUUGGCCAAGACUGCAAAUAAAUCACACCGUGACAGAAUUCAAGACUUCAACCAGUAUCUGGCCAACAUGAGUGAGCAUUAUGACAUUCCUAAAGUUGGUCCAGGCUAAUUGAACAGAAUCUUUGAAUAUGAACACCAAAGGAUCACCUGUCGCAUUUGUCAUUUUGAAAGUUUGUUCAUGUGGACAUCAAUUUGUGUUUUAUUUUGUAUUUGUAGUUUUUGCUUGACUAUAUGUAGAUUGCCAAGGACAUGUAUUUGCAACCUUGUUGUAGUACUUGUUUAUGUAUCAAUUUCUCUAGUUUUGAAGCCUC